AUGCCUCUGUUUUUCGGCUUGGUGGGAUUCAUCAAUACUUUCCUGCUGUGGCCCUGCAUGAUCGUGCUUCACCUGACAGGCUGGGAGACAUUUGAAUUGCCUCCUACACGACGUAUUUUGUUGAUUGUCAUUGUCAAUUCCCUCACCUCUCUUGUCUCCGAUAUUCUCUGGGCAUAUGCUAUGCUCCUAACAACACCGUUGGUGGUCACUGUUGGCCUCAGUCUGACCAUCCCUCUCUCGCUCGUUGCCCAGAUUGUCAUCCAGGGGCAGUACUCGAGCGCGCUGUACUGGCUUGGUGCGGCGAUUGUGUUCUUUUCUUUCUUGGUUGUUAAUCACGAGGGCAAGGGCGAAUGA